AUGGAUAGAAAUAUUGGGAAUGGAAAUGGCAAUCUUCGAGUUUCAGCUGCAAAAUUGAUGAUGAAUAGUAAUUUGCAAUUCUUGAGGAGGACUCUGCAGGUUGCUAUCUCAGUCUCUCUGUUGUCUCUGUUCCUUUGCUAUUCUUCAGGCAUUUCUCUGUUUCCUCACUCAUUCAGUGUCUACUUCUCUACGUGUCUCUUUUCGAUCUUCACUCGGAGCCUUGAGAGGAAGUACAUGUUCCUCGUUUGCAAUGGAAUUCUUGCUUUUCUCGCAAAAAGCUCGGUUUCUUCCACUUCAUCAUCAACUUUUGUGGGGGAGUCUGAACUUACUGUUGACAGAGAAUUGGAGUACCAAGGAAAUGAAUCCUUGUAUGCUAGUGAUAAUCAUGAUGAGGUAAAAACUGAAGCUUUAAAGGUAGAACACGAAGGCAAUGAGGAAGAAGGAAGUUGGUCUCUUUCGAUGAAGCAAGAAAAUGAAGAAGAUGAAAUGGAGGGAAUAGAAACAGGAAACGAAGGGGUGGUUGCAAGUACAGACGAACUGAACAAGAAAUUUGAAGAAUUCAUCAGGAAAAUGAAGGAGGAGAUCAGGAUAGAAGCUCAACAGCAACUAAUUGCAGUUUAA